AUGGGAUCAGCGGCUUGGGUUAUCUCUUUCAUCGCUAUUGUAUUCUUUAAUAUGCUUGUCACGUCACAGUACGCAGGAUAUUAUGGUGCAAGUACUCCAAUGGCACCCAACUACCCGCCAUAUCCAAUCGUGGUGAAAUCAAACGACAACGAUAGUAUGAAAACAAUUCUGCCCCUACUUCUGUUACUGCUCACUGAUGGCUUUGGGGGUCAGGGUUCCCCCCACCGUAUGGGGGCUAUGGAUGCUGUUGUAACGGUUGCUGGCUAUGUAGCAGGUCAGCGUGUUGAAUAUAUGUCCCCGCCAGUGGGUACAGUCACCGCCACACCAAUAGUCCAGCCAUGCGGGCAGUUCGUCAUUCCCGCUGUCAUCAAACCCCUUCUCUCGCCAGAACCCAUUUCUGAAAUCCCACGCCCCCCCCUCGAUGCCAGACUUCAGCCCCCUCUAUCCCCCAAUGAUGCCACCCAUCAUAUUCCAGAACGAUAA